CUUUUAUUAACGUCACAAUUUAACUGGAAAAAAUUAUCUCUGAAUUUACUUUUGUGAUAACAAUGACUACUUAUGGUUUAUUAGAGUAGCUAAUUAUACUAAUCAAUCUUAAUUUACUUAUGUGAUAAUGAUGAUACAUAGAGUGUAAUUACAUUAAAAUUAAUUAUAAAGUGGGUUUCAAUAACAGAAAGAGGAACAAGGUAUGACUAGUACUGAUGAGGAUGUAGAGGAUUAUUUAGACGAUCUCUCCAUGUCAAGACGCAGAGGAGCUAAAAAUGAUAUAAAUUAUUCCAAACUUCCCACAAGCGAUCAAGGAUUUACAGAUGCCCAAUUUCUGGUUCCAGCCCAGCAGGUACCUUGGAAAGCAAUUCUCCUGGCAACUUUAUUACUUGUAGUUGGUACAAGUCUAUUAGUUUUUGGAUGUAUGGUCGCAUCUGGACAUAUAGUUGUUCAAUAUGCUAAUAGAAUGUGGCCGAUGAUUAUUUUAGGAGCUUUGAUGUUCAUCCCAGGGGCGUAUCAUGUCAGAAUUGCUUACUAUGCCUAUAAAAAAGUGCCUGGUUAUUCUUUUGAUGAUAUUCCUGAAUUUGAGUAACCAUUAUUUUAGUAGAAUUUUAAAUUGAUUAUGUUAUAUAACAAGGUUAAGAGCAGCUAUUCAACAAAUUUACACAAAAGAUAUUUAAAAAGAAUAAUGAUAAUAACUUAUUCAUGGUAAGUAAGUAGUAGACUUUUAAGCACAUUGCUUAAAAAUAAUCUAGUCAUUUUGUAUUAGUUAAGGUAGGUAAUAAUUAUACACAUUGUUUUAAAAGUUCUACUUUUAUCAAUUUCAUUAGGCAUUACAAUAAAACCCAUUUACAUGUAUUUGUAUAAUUAAUUAAUAUUACCAGUACCAGUGAUAAUAUUUUCGAUUUCCAUUAAUUACGUGAGGUAUUUUUGAGGAUUUUUUGACCCCCCCCCCCCCCCUCCCCGGUGAGAUUUCGUAAGAUUUUCCUCAACUCGCUCCCCGCUCCCCUAAUCGCACGUGAAAGAUUUUUUUUUUUUUUUUUCAAAAAAAUUUGUGUUUUGGGUGUAAAUGCGUUAGAAAUUAAAAAAAAAACACUAUGUCCUAUUACUUUUAUUUAAGACUAGCAAAAACUAGUUUUCUAGAAACAUUCUUUACUUUGAUUUAAUUUUGCUUUCAUACAAUUUUACACCGUUUCCUACUAGAAAAAAAUUACGUCAGAUUUACAAAGAUUUUGAAAGAUUUAGCUUGAUCCCCUCUCCCCCUUGAAAACCUCACGUAAUUAAUGGACGCCCCUUAUUUCGAUUUAU